AUGGCAGCGCUCCAGUAUCUCAAGCCCAUCAUAGUGAACCCUCGCGCAAAACAUACCGCCACCAUCAUCUUUCUUCACGGUCUGGGCGACACAGGGUAUGGAUGGAAGCCCGUCGCGGACAUGUUCAGCACGGACUCGGCGUUACACCAUGUCAAGUGGAUCCUCCCACACGCCCCAACCGUGCCAGUUACAGCGAACCGGAGGGUGGAGAUGCCAGCAUGGUAUGACAUCCUCGGAUUCGAAUGGCCCAGAGCACAGGAGGAUGAGACCGGGAUGCUGCGAUCCGUUGCCUAUAUCAACAAGCUCGUCGACUCAGAGGUCGAUGAGGGCAUUUCACCAGAUCGUAUCCUCAUCGGUGGCUUCAGCCAGGGUGGCGCUUUGAGCCUGCUCACCGGGCUCACCUCAGAACGCAAAUUCGGUGGAGUCGCCGUUCUGAGCGGCUACCUCCCCUUACCCGACAGAAUGAAGACGAUGGCUACAUUUGUUAAUAAGCUCACGCCGUGGUUCUGGGGGCACGGCGAGGAUGACCCGCUUGUUGAGUUCAGCUCUGGUGUCCGCUCCGCCGAUUUUCUCAAGAAGGAACUUGGCAUCCCGCCUGCGGACGCGGCGGCGCCAGAAAAGGGUGGCCUGUUGUUCAACUCGUAUGAGGACGUACCGCAUUCAACAAGCAAUGAAGAACUGCGCGACCUCAAGGAGUGGCUGAAGAAGGUGCUUCCGGCCACCGCCUGA